CAGCAGCAUCUUUUUCACACGGACUUGACGAGAGGCGGCAUUCCAGUUCACUCACACGGAAAAAGUCAUAUCAUGCGUAUUGCGAUGCGAUAGGUCAAGGGAAUGUACACACACAUACAUAAUCGCGAUGUAUGUCGAUACAACCAACGUCAGUCAGUCACGAUCAGCUCCGGAUGCACCCGCCAGCCAUCGUAUCAUCAUCCCCUUCCCCUGCCUCCGAAGCCCUUCAUCUCGCCCCUCCCUGCACACCACACGCAUUACACGCAUCACAGGUUACCAUGCACAUGUCUACUGUUACCUCUGCCGGCAGGCGCGCCUCGGCCCCUUCCCCGACCACGGCCCUUCGCCGCCUGGCGAGCUGAGAGCAUUGACAACACACACACACACACACACAUGCGCACACACACAUAUGGUGAUGGAUGACAAAUGCAUGGUUUGCCUGAGUGUCACCUUCUUUCUUUUGUUCCUCCUUGACCAUAUCGAUGACCUCGUCGGGCAGCCUCAAGUACUUGAUGUUGUUGCCGCGGAUGUUGACCUCGGCGAUCUUCCAGAAACGAUCUCCAUCCUGCACACACAGUCACACGACAAGGAGAGAGAAAGAGAGGCGGCAUCAUCACGCCGACUGUCCACGUGCAUCUGUGCACGUGUCAGUCAGCUCACCCGUGAAGUGCAUAUGACGUCCCUCAUCUGCAGGUUCAUGAAUGUGUCGCAGUUGGCGAGCACGCCGCUGUAGGUCUCGCCGUUCUUCAGCUCAACCAUCUGAAACGAACGCAGAGAGCAGAGAACCCGAAACGCCAUUGUCUGCUUUCCUUGCCGUCUUUUCAUCUCUCUCUGGCCGCACCAUUGGUUGAUUCUGAGCUGUCCUCAGCAGAUUUAAUGGAAGCUGAUGGGAGAGAGAUCACACACAUCAUCGAACGUCGCCGAAUUCGAUUCUUUCUCUUGCACUUACCACCAUUGUGCUCUUCUGGACAAGGCAACGCUGCCAACGACUUGAUCUGUGGCAGAUCAGCAGUCA